GGCCUGGGUUAGAACGACGCACGCACAGCCGGUGCAGUAGAGUCGAGCGUCUCGUAGCGUGUGUACUUGUUACUCGACGAUCACGCGACUGCAUCCGUGGAAUUCGAUUUGUAAUAUAUCGAGAGCGAGAGAAACAACCAAAAAGAAAAAAAAGAGAGAGAAAUAAACGCGUAUCGCGAGUUUUCUCCGUCUAUUUGAGAUUCUUUCGUAGAGGACAACCAACCAACAACCCCCGGUCCUUCCUCUCGCACUCUCCUUCUUAACACACACGCACGCACGCUUUCUCUCUUUCUUACUUUCUUCCUCCUCUCUCUUCUCUAUCUUUCCUCCUUCUCCUUCGCUCUCUCUCUCCAAUUGCCUCGCCCUCUCCCUUUUCCCCUUCGCCGUAUCUCUAUCUAUUCCUUUCUCUCCCUCUUUUUCACUCUCCGUCCAUCACCCGCACGCGCACGAUGUACGCACUACUGCCGCCGUUGCUGUUGGUUGAUCGUUUCUAAAAACGUAACAGCACCGUGGCGACUCGCGGGCAAAGAAAUUCUAAUAAUAAGAAGAAGAAAGAGUUGGAUUGAAGAUAAACGAAGCGAACGAGAAACGGGAUCUUCUCCCUGAGAGAAGAAAGAAGAAGAAGAAGAAGAAGAAGAAUACGUAGGCACACGGUGACGCGACGACUACGACGGAGUGACGUGAAACGUGCGGAAUACGAAAGUAGAAGGAGAACGUGACCGAAGAAGAAGAAGAAGAAGCAGCAGCAGCAAAAGAAGAAAAAGUAGCAGUAUAGUUGUGGAAGAGGGAGUCGAAAGUAGUGUCGUGGAGGAGAGCAACGUUCUUUUUUCGAGUCGCGUUCGCCAUCGUUUUCUGUCUCUCUCUUUCGCGCGCGUUUCUCUCCGGCGUGAGCGCGCGCGCGCGCUCUCUUUUGCUCUCUUACUUAUUCUUUCUCUUGCUCUCUCUCCCUCUCUUGCUCAGACAAUAUACACACAUAUACGACUCACUCACUUACUCACUUACACACUUAGUCAGUCAGUCACUCGCUCAUUCUUCCGCCGUCGGUCUCUAUCGUUUUCUUCUGCUCUCGUGCGCCCGCCAUUGAAGUAAUCAAGUAACUGCGAUGUGUGAUAAUACUAACACGACGACGCAGAGUAUAGCGGACUACCUGUCACAAUUACUAAAGGACAGAAAGCAGCUAGCUGCUUUGCCCAAUGUCUUCAUACACCUAGAACGGCUUCUAGAUGAAGAGAUCGCAAAGGUGAGGGCGAGCCUUUUCCAAAUCAGCGGCGUUAAAAAAGAGCCGCUGGUUUUGCCAGAACCCGAAGGCGAGGUCACUACGCUUAUGGAGAAGGUUUAUGUGCCGGUCAAAGAACAUCCAGACUUCAAUUUCGUUGGAAGGAUUUUGGGUCCUCGCGGAAUGACAGCGAAACAACUGGAACAAGAAACAGGUUGCAAAAUAAUGGUGCGAGGAAAAGGUUCGAUGAGGGAUAAAAAGAAGGAGGAACAAAACCGAGGUAAACCUAAUUGGGAACACCUAACAGACGAAUUGCAUGUUCUACUGACUGUAGACGACACAGAAAAUCGUGCGACCUUGAAACUUGCUCGAGCCGUCGAAGAGGUCAAGAAGCUUCUCGUGCCCGUGCAGGCUGACGGUGAAGACGAGCUAAAAAAGAGGCAACUGAUGGAACUCGCAAUUAUAAAUGGUACCUAUCGAGAUUCCAACACAAAAGUUGCUGCAGCUGCAGCUUUUGACAUUGCAGCCUGUGACGAGGAAUGGAGACGCGUGGCUGCGGCCGCAGCAGAAACGCAACGUCUUCUACCUGGUUUAGCGACACCAAUGAGGGCACAAAGUGCACCAUUAGGUGCACCGUUGAUAUUGUCCCCAAGGAUAUCGGUGCCAACAACUGCGGCAUCCUUGCUCAAUGGUUCGGGUCCACCAGGAUCUCUUCUGUCAGCUGGUGAUCCACAUGGACUGAUCUACACACCUUAUGCGGACUACGCCAAUUAUGCUGCAUUAGCAGCCUCGCCACUUCUCACCGAGUACGCCACUGCGGACCAUUCUGGUGCAGCAGCCGCUGCGAAGCAGCGUAGGCACCUGGGUCAGAUUCGUGAGCACCCUUAUCAAAGGGCUGGCGCUCUCUCGUGAAUUCGCAGAGAGCACAGAGAGUACUGUUAACGCCUCCGCGCGGAAAGGCUUGGAGUGCUAACAAUGGAAUCCACUCGUCCCGUGCUAACACCUGGACUCUGGAACAGCAUCCGCGCAUUCGAUCGAAUCAUCAACCAGCCGACACCACCUUCGCCGUCCGCGUCACCAGCCCUGUUCGUCAAGCUUAUCCAUCCUGUAUCCUCUUGAUGUUCAAACAAAUUCGUAUUUUUCGUUAAUAGAUUAGAUAGAUAGUUACACAGAUUAGUUAAUUAGAUAGAUAGAUAAAUAGUUAGAGAGUUAGUUAGUUAGAUAGAUAGAUAAAUCCAUACAUUACAUACAUACAUGCAUAAAUAUUGGAUUGGAAUAAAUGUUUGUAAAGUUUUCCAAUAAACAUAAUACAAACAUUUGUUCCCAUCUAAUACAUUUAUGUAAAAUACAAUCCUUGGUUCUCUUAUCAUGUGAUUGGUAUUCUAAGAGAUAUAUAUAUACAUAUAUUUAUAUAUUUUUAUAUAUUAGGUUGUCCGGAAAUGUUAAACACCUUACUGAUCGGUGCUUUUGAGUGAAAACCGUAGAACGUCGGAGUAGUUUUAUAUACUUAUAUAUAUAAAAUGAGAACCUCCAAAUAAACUUCAAUAUACUUUAUUUACGCAUAAUGCAUCAAAAUUAAUCUUAUUACCGAUCAGCAACGUUCGAUUAUAUCAUAUAUUUAUAAAUAUAUGGUACAAACUUUUCGGGCAACCCAAUAUAUGCAUAUAUAAAUAUACAUACGUUCAAAUCGGGAUAUAUCAUUAAAUCAUUUUUCUCCGUCCGUCCGUCCGCGUCCGAUUAUAAUAUUAUUUAACAUCUUCACAUUAGGAUCUAACGUUCCACCCAUAAAUCUUGCAGCUAUCUCCUGAGAACAAAUUUUCAAUUGAUCUCGUUUGUUAAUUAAAUAACUUCUUUUUUUUUCAAACGGACGAACCCAAUGCAAUUUUUACAUUAUUAUUUUUUUGUUUAUACAUAAACAAUGAUAGUAACAAUAGCAAAAAUAAAACCUCGAAUGUUGGUACUAAAUUAGGAUGUUCGGAUCACUUCUUUUUAUUUUUACUUUACUUUCUUAAAAGAUAGCAAAAUAGUUUCAUAAUAAAUAACACUGAACAAAAAAGGUAAUAUUGGAACGGUUAAACUUGAAUAAUAACGAUGUAGUCGAUGGUCGGUGAACUCUAUUAAAUUCAAUAGGAAAGAAAAAGAAUUAAUAAUAGAUUUAACCACAUAUUAGGAAAAAAAAACAUUGUUUUCCAUGAGCGGCGGCGAGAUUAAUAAAUAUUGGCUUUACAGUACUUACUGCUGCUAAUGUAGCAGCAACAUAAGAAAGCGAGCGACGGUAUAUCAACUUAAAAAGAUAAAGAAAAA